UUUUUUUUCGUGAGUUUUUGAAAAUCAAUCUUGAUACGUGGAGACAUUCGUCCAGUUCCUUCAGGGAGAGAAGAGAUGCUGACUCUGGUUCUGGGAUGGACUGCCUUGCUCAGCGGCUUCCGUCCGGCUGCUCCGUUCGUUAGCGCCAAGUUUCCAUCCAGCAGAGACGACAGGAAGUGUCAAGUCUUCAUCCCUCCUCCUCUUCCUCCUCCGAUGUUUCCUCCGUUAACAUGGAAACCAGUGCUGAUGGUUGAUAUUACACAUCACAUCACAGGAGCGAGAGGGGAAAAGGGCUGCAGAGGAACCAGGGGACCCAAGGGCGAACCCGGAGCGACGGGUCCAGAGGGAGAACUGGGAUCACAAGGAGUCCUGGGACAUCCUGGAGAAAAGGGACAGAAGGGCGGCAGAGGCUGGAGGGGUCUGUACGGAGACAUCGGCACUCCAGGGAUGAUCAAGGGCAGUAAGGGCUACAGAGGAUCCAGGGGUGAUAAAGGGGUGAAAGGAAAGCGAGGACGCGGCGGAGAGACGGGCGAGUGUGGCGUCGCCGGAGCGCCAGGAGAGAAGGGCGACCUGGGCCUGAGGGGGGAUCCGGGCCUGAGGGGCGAGCAGGGACCCCGAGCAGAUCCUGGAGGCAGAGGCCCCAUGGGGCUGAAGGGAACUCGUGGUCCCCCGGGGAACCUGGGUCGUCCCGGUCCAGCGGGACCACUGGGUCGGACCGGAGACACUGGACGACCGGGACAAGUGUACGUCCUGUCAGGUCAGCAGGGAGACACAGGCAGCCGCGGUCCGUCCGCCAAGUGUGACUGUUCACAGGUUCGAACCCCACAGAGAGGGUUGGACAGAGUCCAGACGGUCUUUGUUGCCGACGGGGAGCGACAGAUGCGGAGGCUGCGGGGGGAGAACGUGAUGGUGCUGCGAACAGACCGACGAGCUCUGUACAUCUACUCUGAGUCGCAGUGGAUCAACGUCCUGGACGACCCCCGGCACUGACCCCCGACCCCUGGCACUGACCCCUGACCUCAGUCUGGACACCUGUCUCACAACCUGUCUCACAUCACCACCACUGAAGUGCCCUUGAGCAGCGACGCUUCAUCUGACCUGAUGCAUAUUGCUCAGAUUGUGUUUGUACUGGGCAUAUUACUGAUAUCAUAUUUCAAUGAUUCUGAACCAAUGUGAUUCACGCAUGCAUGGACCCGUCACUCUUUUAUGUUAUGACUGUAAAAGACAGUAUUUAUUGAAGGUAUGUGCCGCCGCAGUGAUGCAGCUCCGACGUGGAUCAAUAAAAAAACUGAUCACUGUCUCCUG